GCGCGCAAUCUGUCUCCGGCGACUGCGUCAAUUGGCGGAAGGAUCUGAUUAGAGCAGCGCAGUGUGCGUGAUGCGGUAGCUGCUCUCUGCCGCUGCUGCAGGAGGAAGACCGAACCGCUACCAGCACCACCUUUCAGUUUCGCCUUCAAAUUACACCAACCGGCUCCAUCACACACUGAACACCGACUGAAUUAUUACCCCAAGGCGUCCCUUAUUAAGACACCGGAGGGGUUGGUCGCGUUGAAAUUGAAGAAGCGCUGUUUUAAUCGAAUACAAGGCGGGUUUUGUGUGUUUUUGACAGUAGUAACAGCACAACAAUGGCUCUGAAAAGAAUCCACAAGGAGCUGCAUGAUUUGGGCCGUGAUCCACCUGCUCAGUGUUCAGCGGGCCCAGUAGGGGAUGACAUGUUUCAUUGGCAGGCCACAAUAAUGGGACCAAAUGACAGUCCUUACCAGGGCGGAGUGUUCUUCUUGACCAUACACUUUCCCACAGAUUACCCCUUCAAACCGCCAAAGGUUGCAUUUACCACAAGAAUCUAUCACCCAAAUAUCAACAGCAAUGGCAGCAUUUGUCUGGAUAUUCUAAGGUCACAGUGGUCACCGGCACUUACCAUCUCCAAAGUUCUCCUGUCCAUCUGCUCCCUGCUGUGUGACCCCAAUCCGGACGACCCCUUAGUACCUGAGAUCGCCCGCAUUUACAAGACUGACAGGGAAAAGUACAACAGAAUAGCUCGGGAAUGGACACAAAAGUAUGCAAUGUAGUUUUGGAGUUAAAAUCAUGAGGAGGAGAAAAUUACACCUCUCCAUCUUAAGGUUGGGGGAGAUUUUGAACGUUCAAAAGAUAAAAAAAGAAAAAAGCUUAAGAAAAAAACAGAUCUUGUUGGUUUCCAUUUGGAGUGCUUUAAGCCACGCCUCCCCUCACCAGAGCACCUCCCCCCAACUCUUAGCCCUCUGGCAGCCAUGGUGUACAUACUCAAAAUACAACUGUAGCCCCUUUUCCUCCCCAAAUGCAAACCUCCACUCCACAGCUCCUGCUUUACCUUCUCUGUUGCUAUUGCGACGUACCCGCUGCUUAGGAUCAGUCCAUAUCAAUUUUGCUGUAGAAGAUGUUUAUGGCUCUAAAAGCAUUCCUUGUUGUUUUUAAGAACUGGGAAGGGAAGGCUAUAUUAUUAUCAUUUUGUUUUCUCCCUGCAAUUUGUGAUAAUCUGGACAUAGAGGGAUCUGUUUUUUACAGUUUACUUUUUCAUUUCCUGGGCUUCCAACUUUACAUUGGAUCAGGAAGUUGUUGUUUUUUUUCUUUAUUGCAGAGAAGGGAGGGGUAUGCUGGCUAUCUUUUUUUGUAUAAAAUCUAUAAGGAAUUCUUUUAAAAU